GCUCCAGUCUAAUUCUCCCUAUCGGCGACCUCCAGAUCUUCUCUUUCUUCCUCACAAUCCAAUUCGAUACGUAGAAGUCUUUCUACGCCUAGCUUUCCCCCUUUCGUGAAGCAACUACAAGAUGGGUAACACUAAGAACACCCGCGCCUCCGUCAAGGCCGCUCAAGGUACGCAAUCACCUUUUCAUCUGCCUCUAAUGUCUGUCGCUGAUAUAGGAAUCGCAGGUUCGGCCCCGCUCACUGCCAACGUGGACGUAAUGUCGAACACAGUCGCCAAGAAGACGCUGUCUCUCAAGGACCGCAAGGCCGCCGAGAAGGCGAAGAAGAAAGAGAAGCAGGAGGCGGCGGCUCGCAAGAACAAGGAAUCGAAGAAAUUGGUAAAGGCCGUCGCCGCCAAUAUGGUGCCCGUCGAGGUUCCUCAGAACAAACUUGCCGCUCCGGCGGAAGUCGAUACCCCAGCCAUCGGGACGGUGCAAAAGACCGUCUUGGGUGCGGUCCUCAAAGUUAUUGGUGUAGAAGAUGCCGCUCCCAAUCAGGAACCCACUCUUCCCACUAAUGUCGGUACGUUCUCCCCGGAUCCUUCCAUAUUACCCAGAGUUGCUCACAGUCACCAGUAUGCACCCCUCCUACCACCGCAAUGUCCGGAGAGACUACCCCUCAUUUGAAGCCAUUGAUAAAGGCAGCCAAAUGGGGAAAUCUUGAUCUCACCCUAUAUCCUGGCGCUGCAACACCGGAUAACAUGCACUGCAAGGAGCUCCGCGAAUCUCUCGAGGCGGAACUGUACGCCAACAUGGAUGGUCCUCGGGAAUCGCUCGCGCGCCGCAACCGCAAGUCUGCGGGUAUCACGAUAAUGACCGUGGAGGAC